AUGUAAGUAUAGUAAGAUAUUUUAGAUAUAGAAGAAGUAAGAUUAUUACAUUUUAACUCUGAAUAUGCAAAAUGUUAGGAGAGGUGUAAAAUCAUUCUUUAAUAAAAACCUUAUUUGUAUUAAGUUAGAACGUACUACGGAUUCUUUUUAAUGUAUGAUGAUUUAAGCGAAUCUCUUAAAUAGUAAUUGUAAGUUUAUCAAGAAGAUCCAUACUACUUUGAAAACACUUCAUAUUUGUUAGAUAACAUUUUCUGUAAUUUCUAAAAUAAAGGUAGAAGUUUGGUUUAAACUAUUUUCAAAUAAUAUUAUGAUUACUAAGGAGAAAAAAAUGGCUUCUAUUAUAUUUGCUUAGCAUUAAUUUAUCGCAUUUAAAAAGGUAAUGAAAAAUCUUACCAAAUUUUAAUUUCAAAAUUAAAUGAUUAUGAUGAUUAACCUAUGGUCUAAAUUUGGUUUUAUCAUCAACUCGGAGAUAUCUCCUAAAGUAUUACAGAUAGUAGAGAUGAUGUAAAAAAAGAAGAUGUAUAAAAAUCUAUAUUUUUUUAUGAAAAAGCUAUAGAACUAUAACCAAGAUCUUAAAUGAAUAUUACAAAUUUAGGAGUCUAAUAUCAUAUAAUAGGAACUCAAGAAACCAUAAUAAAAUCUAUUUAAUGUUUUUAUAAAGCUCUGAAUAUUAUUCCAGAAGAUCACCAUACACUUUGCAAUUUAUCUUCUGUGUUAUAAGAUGUUGGCCAUUAUGAUUAAAAUUUUAUCAAUUCAACAUUCUAUACAACUUAAACAUAUAGACUUGUUUGA